AUGAAGAGCCAUUGGGUGGCCUUGAGCCGGCAAUUAUCGACAGUUAGGAACGGGCAAAAGGCGCGCAUCGGAUGGAUAUGUCAGUCAUGUAGAAGCAACAAAGCCCCGCGAAAGCUGUUCACCAGCAGCGCAACCCUUAGAGAGCUUAAGGACAAACCAUAUUAUGUGACGACGCCCAUUUUCUACGUCAAUGCAUCUCCUCAUGUCGGUCACCUAUAUAGUAUGCUAAUAGCAGAUGUGCUCAAACGAUGGCAAGUCCUCAAAGGCAAACAGGCAAUACUAAGCACGGGAACCGACGAACACGGAAUGAAGGUCCAGCGCGCAGCCGAGCUACAAGAUAUUCACCCCAAGGCACUAUGCGAUGCCAACUCGGAAACGUUUAAAGAUCUAGCUAAGAAGGCUAAUAUUUCGUACGAUCAUUACAUUCGCACGACAGAUCUAGAACAUAAGGAUGCGGUCGAGUACUUCUGGGCUAGGUUAAGAGAGAGCGGGUAUAUAUACGAGACCAAGCAUGAGGGGUGGUAUUGUGUAAGCGACGAGACUUAUUACCCCGAUUCUAUGGUCGAGAAGCGCGUGUCGCCUGUGACAGGAAAGCCGUUUAUGGCGUGCAUUGAGACGGGUAGUGCUGUGGAAUGGACCGAGGAGAGGAAUCACCAUUUCCGGCUGACGGCUUUUCGAGAUAGAUUGCUCAAGUUCUACGCUGAUAACCCGAAUUGGGUUGUCCCGAGCAAUCGCUUCGGCGAGGUGAUCAGUUGGGUUCAGAAUAAUCUGGAAGAUCUAUCUAUAUCUCGUCCUGUGAGCCGUCUAGAUUGGGGUAUUCCUGUGCCUGACGACCCGAGUCAGACCAUCUAUGUGUGGGUUGAUGCUUUGAUCAACUACAUUACGGUAGCAGGGUAUCCCAUAUGGCCUCCUGGUUCCGAACAUACAAAAGGUUGGCCAGCUGACGUCCAUGUGGUCGGAAAGGAUAUCGUGCGCUUCCAUAGCAUAUACUGGCCUGCGCUGCUCAUGGCCCUGGACUUACCCUUACCAAAGUGUAUCCUCAGUCAUGGCCACUGGUUGAUGAGCCAACAAAAGAUGUCUAAAUCGGUCGGAAACGUGGUGAACCCUUUCUUCGCCCUCGAUCGCUGGGGCGUGGAUACUAUGCGGUAUUUCCUGAUAUAUAACGCUGCGAUAGCCAACGAUGCAGACUACAGCAAUGAGUUUAUCGUCGAUAAGUACAAGAAGGGUCUACAGGGGGGUCUAGGCAACCUGCUCAAUCGAAUUACUAGGCCGAAGAACUGGAGCGUGAGGAACGCGGUGAUAUCUAUGCACGAGAAGCAGUCUCAUUCGGUCCCUAAGGCGGUUGAAACCCAGAGGAAAUACCUGGAGUCUAUCGUAGAGGAGGUCUCGAGUCAUAUGGAUAAAUUAAAUCCCAGGGGGGCGUUGAAGGAAAUUAUGGAAUUCGUGUUCGAGGUAAAUAAAUUCCUGCAAGAAGCAGCGCCGUGGGACAGGAGCAGGGAAGGCGACACGGUGGCUGUAGAGCAGAUCAUCUUCUUUGCGGCGGAGUCGGUGCGUGUCGCGGGUAUCCUACUACAGCCGUUUAUUCCGGAGAAGUCGAGCGAGCUGCUGGAUAGACUGGGUGUUAGUUCCGAUCGGAGGACCUUUGAGCAUGCGCGACUAUUUGCGGAUGAUGCAUAUGGGACAUCAACUAUACCGCUAGGCGAAGGCGCGCAGAGUAGUUUGUUUCCGCCGAUGCCUGUUGAGGAUUAA